CUCGCUCGAGUCGCGUGAAAGUUUGACGUCAAAGAAAGCAAGCAAGCGCUUAUAACAAGAAAGCAUUUCUACUGUCGCAUCGGUUAAAUAUUCUUUAGCGGUGCCAGAGAACAACAAAGCAACAACUGAUCCGGUUCGGUUUGGCGUGACCCACAUACGAUUCGUCAAUAGCCCAAAAGAAUUUCGAGGGCAGAGUGAAACUUCAACCAAAGUCCAGAUCACGGCUACGAACCAAAAACCAAAAACCCAAACCAUGUGCCACAAAUUCGCAAUUAUUGUGCUGCUAUCCACUGUGGGCGCCAUUUGGGCUCAGCAGCAACCGUACUACUUGCAAAAGUGUCCCCGCGACGAGGCACAACUGAACGAUUGUCUGCGCGAAAGUGGCAACAAGCUGGUGCACUAUCUGCAAAAGGGCGUGCCCGAACUGGAUAUCUUUGAGAUUGAGCCUGUGGUCAUUGAUGAAAUUGGCAUUGUGUUGGGCAGUGGGCCCGAUGGCUAUCGUGCGCUCUUCCGCAACAUACAGGCCUAUGGAGUGAGCAACAUAACAGUCACCAAUGUGCGCUCCGACUUGGACUCGCUGCAGUUCCAGCUGACGUGUGAGAUUCCAAGGAUACGCGUCAAGGCUCAGUAUCGCUCCACAGGUGUGCUUAUCUUGGUGAAGGCCUCCGGUGCCGGUGACUAUUGGGGGGAGUAUGAGGGCGUCAAGGCAAAGAUUUACUUUAAGGCCAAUGCCAACACAGGCGCCGAUGGACGCACCUAUCUGACCACCGAUGCCGUCAAAAUGGACUUUAAUGUUAAGGACAUUCAAAUGGGCGUGGACAACAUUGCCAAUGGCAAUUCAGUCAUACAGGCCGCUUUGAAUCUGUUCAUCAACUCUAACUCCCAAGAGCUGCUGAAGGAAAUGAAGCCAGCGCUGCGCACCAAACUCACUUUGGUCAUACGCAACUUUAUGGAUCGCAUAUUCGCAAAGAUACCGCUAGAGGAAUGGAUCGACGUAGAGUAGAAACACACACCCACCAGCCACAGAGAAUUAAUUUAUUGCAUACACACUCUAAGCAUU